ACCUAAACCUGCAGUCUCUUUAGAUUUGGAACGCACGCGCUUCCGCCACACUCUCAGGACCCCGCAGGUUUUUCAAGAUGGCGGCGCCCUUGUAUCGGUGCUGUGUACGAUUGCGGCAUUUGACCUUGUCCGUGCCCGCCGCUAGUUAUCACGCGAGGCCGAGGGUUUGGGGUCUUGGUGGGGUGUACAGGCCGGACCCGAGUGACCCUGAGACCAAGAAAUGGCAGAAAGGAGCGAAGUACGAGGCCAAGCUGUACGGCAGGCACGGGGACAUCUCGGGGGUGAGGCCGGAGGGUCUAUGGCCGAGUCCCCAGAAGUUGCGGGAGAUAGAAGAGGAGGAGAGGGAGUGGUACCCAAGUCUGAGGCAAAUGCUGGACAAUGUGGAGGCCAAUGAGCUGGAGAUGAAGCGGAAACAGCAGGAGAAGGAGCGAAUUGUUGCUGCCAACCUGGCCAAGAUGCCCAAGAUGGUGUCCGACUGGCGCAGGGAGAAGCGGGAGGUGAAGCAGAAACAGCGCGACGAGAAGAAUCGCAAGGAGAGACUCGUGGCAAUCGCUCGUGAAAAGUUUGGUGUCAACGUGGAUCACCGGAGCCCCAAGUUCCUAGAGAUGGUGAAGGAACUGGAAAAGGAGGAGAAGAAGAAACAGAAAGCGCUGGCACGGAGACUAAAGGAGGAGGCUCUGGCAUCAGCACCUACUUCUCCUGUUGUAGGAAAUCCCUGAAGCUGAACUGGAGCCCAUGCAGUGUCCUGAUUGGUCCAGCAAGGUCUCCUCUCUAGCAGUGCUUGUCACUAACUGGACUGUGAAUGGGGCGUGGCCCCUACCAAGAUCCCCACUGCGGCAGGAUAAAUGUAUUGGUCCCUGGGAUAGGACCGGUCGGGCCCUCAGUAUGUUAGUAGUGGACUUUAUUUUCUAAUAAAUAUCUGUACAGAAUA